AUGCAUCUGGGUCGAUUUUGGCUGCUGGCUCUUGGAGCUGCAGCCGUCGAGGGAUUCAAAGAUACUUCUCCAUUCGUCUUCUUCUCGACCUCAGAGUUCUCGACGUCCUCAUCACAUCUCAAGACUGCCACCUCUCUACUUGGAGAUGUCUGGAGCAAGCUCAAGACAUGUCCUUCAGACUACUACGUCAUUGCCUUGCAGCCGGGCGUCCAUGCCACGGACUAUUCAGACCGCAAGGCCGCGCCACGGCUACGAGAGAAAGUGAUGGGCAAAGACAAGGCCAUCCGGUCAAAUUUCACCGUCACCGAGGUGGCAGGGAUACUGGAUCCGUCGUUUAUUCGAAGCGGGUUGAGGGACGAGUGUGGUGCACAGGUGACCGAGAUCGAUGCAUCAACGGGGUCCUACCCCAUGAACUUUGGGUCGAGUCCACGGGUGAUUGAUGUGACAUUCCCGGCACUUCCUUUGGGGUCGAAUCGGGCCCAACAACUCGCAGACAAUGGUGCGAAGUACAACUCAACCCAUCAGACUGUUCAAUUGCUUACAUUUGUUCUCGUAGAUGCCUUCCUCGCCGACAUCAUUGACCGAAUUCCAUCGAGCAAAUAUACCUUGAUCUACGUGACUUCCCCCCGAGAAUUUGUGGAGAAUGGGGAGUCAGACUCUGUUGUCUAUAACUCGGACGUAUUCCAGGAGCCUCUUCACAUGCAGCUAAAACGGGAUUAUACCGGGCAUGCUCGGCAGGAUGAAUCUGACAGCAGCAAGUCUCUUUUCCAGAAAUACCAGUUCCUCAGCCCAGGCAUCUUCAUGGGUCUUCUCGCGAGCUUUGUCUGCCUGGUUAUCUUCUACGUUGGGUUCUCGGCUCUGACAAGCCUGGAGGUUCCUUAUGCUGCGUUUGAGAAGGACACUGCGCCUGGCUCACAGAAGAAGCAGCAGUGA